AUGACAUUCAAUCGAAAACGGAAUCCCGAAAUGACGAAAUCGAUCCGGGAGAUGAUUUGGCGUGGCCGAAUUUGCAUUGGUGAGGACCAGUCGGGUGCCUGCUGCUCACAGCUCAACAUGAUACAAGAUUACCACAUUGUAUCGGUUGGCUAUAGCAAAUGUGGCAUCGAGAAGAAUUUCUUUGCUGGCGGUUUUAAUUUCAUUGCUAAGGUUCGUUUCUGGGGUGUUGCAAAUAUAAACGAGCAGUUCGAGGUGCAGUGCGCAGUACCGUUCGUAGAGUCACACGUUAAGGCAAAGAUGGUAGCUUCUCGUAAGCCGAUCAGGAUAUCAUCAGUGGAUUUCGUCAAUGCUCAGCAUUCACUAAUACCGCCGUCGCAGGAGCCUGUUUCGAUACGAUUUGCCGAGCAGUGCGAAGCGCGAGCAGUAACGUUUAUCACGGUCAAUAUCUGCCAUCAGAAAACCUGGUUAACUGGAUGA